AAAAUAAAUAAAUACAAAAAAAAAAAUAAAAUAUUUUUGCGAUAUUAAGUGUCAUCAAGCGCGAGUCAUAUACAAAGAAGGCAAAAGAAUUAAACAAACUUUAUUAUUAUAUUUUGUUGCCCCGUAGAGUCUUCAUGAUCAUCGACAUAAUACAAAACAACAAAAGAAGAAGAGGGAAUAAAGAGAAGAAAAGAAGUGUAAUCAUAAAACAAUAUAAAGAGUGCGAAAUGUAAAAAUAUCUCUUUUGUUAUAUUCUUACUUCUUCUCUCUCCCUCCAUCCUUCUAUCUCCAUCUUCGUCACUCUCGCUCUCUCUUACACAUCUUACUUGUAUAAUCAUGAAGAAGGAAGAGAAUAAAAUACUAGAAAAUUGAAUGAUGAUACCGACGACUAAAAAGAAGACAAUUCUUAUGUCAUGUCACACUCAGCUAAGAGAAUGGAAUGAUGAAAAAAUUAGCAAUUGAUGGAUGAUUAAGAAAACCUUUAAAAAAAAUAAUUUUGUGAAAAAAGAAGUGAUUAAUUGGAUGUGAAUUAUAAUUCAAGAAAAGAAUCUUCAAUUUACCGGUCAUUAUCAUAAAAAUAAAAGAAAGAAAAAUAAUGUGAAUAGAAUGGGGCAAUAAAAAGUUCUAAUAAGUGCCGAAAAGUGAUUACAAUUAACAUAAAAGAAAUUCCUCAAAAUCAUAGUCUAGAGAGCUACGUCGUUCUUUGUUAUGCUAGCAUAUUGUGUGAGAGAGAAAAAGAGCAUUAAGCAAUACAGUUGAAAUAGUGUAUUAUUGCAUUGAUUCAUAUUUUAGUCAUGAAUCAUGUGAGGUGAACUGAAAUACUAAUAACAAUAAAAACAGUAGAAAACGUUAAAAAGCAAUAAAGGAAAUGCAAGACCACAUUUGUAUAUUGACAAGAUAUAUAACAACAUUAAGGUUCAAAGAAAUAUUAUCAUAAAAUUUAUGUUCUUUCUUCGUUGUUUGGUGCAAUUAAUCAAUACGAUAUAGUGAAAUUAUGGAUAAAUAAAACAAAGAAAGUAAAUCGUUAAAAAAUAAUUUAACAAAUAUCCAAUAGUGAAUAGAGUGCAUAAAAGGAAAGGAAGUGAAAAAGUGAAGAUUUAAGGAGAUUUCUCCUAAUUUUCAAAUUAUUAUUAAACAAAGCUGUGCCUUAUUAUUUCUGAUCGGAGUUGUCCGUGAUAUGACCCACAUUAUAGUCAACAUCAGCGAUGAACUCUUCAGGUGGAAAAACGCCUUCGUCGGCGAGACACUCCGCCUACAAUGCAAAUGCAAUGGCAAUGAUAAGAAACGAAUUGUCACAAUUUGCCAAUUCAGGAGAAACUUCGACAGGACAGCAGUCACCCCAACCACCACAAAAUCAACAACAGCAAUCAAAUGUCGAGCGCGAUGUUCUUUUCAUCCGUCAAAUGCUCACUCAAGUUGGAUUUGAUGAUGUACAUAGAUUGAAACUCCCAAAUGGACGUCCUGAAGUAAUUGCUGAAUUAUUAAAACAAACUGAACAGCAUUUAGCAAAUUCAAAAGGACCUGCAUUAGCACCAAAAUUAAAUCGUAAACCUAGUAUUGAACGUGAAAUACAGACAUCAAAUCUUCAUUUGCCAAGAAAUAGUCCGGCAUUAGACUCAAAUACAUCGGGCGCUGGAAGUCGCUCGGAUAGUCCACAUUCUAAUCAACAAUUACAUGGAAAUAGUAGCAGAGCUACAAGUACAACUGCACCAUAUUCCCCAUCGCCAUGUCCAUCACAUUCUAGCUAUAAUGAAAUUCCUCCGGUUCCGCCUAGAACUAAUGCAACACCAUCACCAUUUCAUCAGCAAUUGAUGAAACAAAGAAUGUCACCGGCAACAGCUCCUUCAAGUCGGAAUGGAAUUCAAUCACAAAGUCCAGCAUCACCUGUCCAAACAAAUGGAAAUUUAAGGCAAGGAAUGCUUGUACAAGGAAGAACUCCGGCCACGCCACAACAACAACUUCAAGCAUUAUCGCUUUAUCAAAAUGGAACUUCAAUAACAGAACCACCCCCACCUUAUCCAAUAAAUCCCCUUACACCAAUGGCACCGCCAAGUUAUACAGCUUCAAUUCAUAGUCGACAAAGUCCAACACAAGACUACCGAAAGAGUCCUAGUUCUGGAAUUUAUUCAGGAACAUCUGUUGGCUCAGCAAGCUCUCCAAGUCCAAUAACUGUGUCUCAAGGAUCUGCAAAUCAUUCGUCCAUCUCACGACCUAUACCUUUACCUGCAACCUGGACAUCAUCGCGGAACGCUAAAACUCAGCAUCCAAUUAUUAUGCAUUCUGUAAAGUCAACGCAAGUUCAAAAACCAAUUCUUCAAACUGCCGUAGCCCCUUCAGCACCCAAUUCAGCUACUCCAAAUUCAUUGCCACAAGCACCACCAUCAUAUGCUACAUCAUGGCAACAAAAACAGGCCACACUUCACACACCCCCUCAAACACCUCCAAUAAUCGUUGCUAGUUCUGGAAGUAGUACAAAAUCACUUACACCUCCAUCAACGCCUGGACUAACGGCAUCAAAUAGUAGCAAUAAUGGAGGAACGAGUGGAAACAACUCACCAACUAUUCAUAAUGCUGAACCGCCUUCCUAUGCUACGACUAUGAUGGCUUUAAGGGCUCAACAGCCUAUGGUUCAACAACAGCAACAACAAGGACCUACACUUGGAAAUCCUACUUCUAGAAAUCCACCGCCACCUUACUCAAAUAAUAAUAAUAAUAAUAAUAAUAGUAAUAAUAAUUGUAGUAAUAAUAAUAAUAAUAAUUUCACAUCAUCAAGUUCAUCUGAGAUUCUAUCAAAUAGCAAUAACAUGACGACAAGCGGAAAUACCGGAAUUAAUAAUAAUAAUUUAUUGACAACACCACCACUACCGAAGUCUGCUAAAAAUCUUCAAAGUACGUUGCACAAAACGACAUCAGGUCCAAGUGCAAACAACACUUUAAGUAUAAAUGGAAGUAAUAGCAGUACGAAUAGUGCGAAUGAAUCAAAUCCAGGUAGUGAAAUGAAUUCACUUCGUAAGAUUAAGCAUCAAUCACCAAUACCGGAGCGAAAGAAUUUAAGUAAAGAGAAAGAGGAGGAGAGAUUUGAGUGUAAAGUACGGCAUUAUUCACCACAAGCCUAUAAAUUCUUCAUGGAGCAACACGUUGAGAACGUCCUUAAGUCACAUAAGCAAAGACUUUAUCGACGGCAUCAAUUGGAACGUGAAAUGGCCAAAAUGAAAAUGCCAGAUGAGACAAAAAUCGAAAUGAGAAAGCUUUUAAAUCAAAAAGAAUCAAAUUACAUUCGAUUGAAACGUGCUAAAAUGGAUAAAUCGAUGUUUGUUAAAAUAAAGCCAAUUGGCGUAGGUGCAUUUGGCGAAGUGAAUUUAGUGCAAAAGAUUGAUACACCAAAUCAUUUAUAUGCCAUGAAGACACUUCGGAAGGCAGAUGUGUUGAAGCGUAAUCAAGUUGCACACGUUAAAGCUGAGAGAGAUAUUUUAGCAGAGGCUGAUAAUGAAUGGGUUGUCAAACUAUAUUACAGCUUUCAAGAUAAGGAUAAUUUGUACUUUGUUAUGGAUUAUAUUCCUGGUGGAGACUUAAUGUCGUUGUUAAUCAAAAAGGGAAUCUUCGAGGAGGAACUUGCUAGAUUUUAUAUAGCCGAACUUACCUGUGCCAUUGAUAGCGUUCAUAAAAUGGGUUUUAUUCAUAGAGAUAUUAAACCAGACAAUAUACUAAUUGAUAGGAAGGGACAUAUUAAAUUAACAGACUUUGGAUUAUGUACAGGCUUUCGAUGGACACACGACUCGAAAUACUAUCAGAAAAAUGGUGAUCAUGGUCGACAAGACUCGAUGGAAGCUUGGAAUAAAAAUGGAAUUUCAGAUAUGCAAAUACCACCACCCUUAGAAAGGAGGAAGUUCCGAGAGAAAAACCGUGCUAAAGCUCAUUCGAUCGUCGGUACCCCCAACUAUAUAGCACCGGAAGUUUUAUUAAGAAGUGGUUAUACACAACUCUGUGAUUGGUGGAGUGUAGGUGUUAUCCUCUAUGAGAUGUUAGUUGGCCAACCACCGUUCUUGGCAAACACAGCGGAAGAAACACAAUAUAAAGUCAUACAUUGGAGGCAAACACUAAAGAUUCCACCGCAAGCAAAACUUAGUAAUGAAUCAUCUGAUAUUAUUUUACGACUAUGUCGUAAUGAAGAUGAGCGACUUGGCAAGAAUGUUGAUGAAAUCAAGAAUCAUCCGUUUUUGAAACAAAUUGACUGGACCAAGGAAUUGAGAAGUCAACAAGCGCCAUUUGAACCGAAAAUAGUACAUGCAAUGGACACAUCUAAUUUUGACCCCAUUGAUCCAGACAAGCUGAGAGAUAGCACAAGCGAGGACUCAUUUGGAAAUGAAUUAAUUGACAGCAGUAAGCCAUGGCAUCAUGGUUUCUUUGAAUUCACAUUUAGACGAUUUUUUGACGACGAAGCAGAUUACAAGAUUACUCUGGACGGCAAUGAGAAUAAUCAGACGAAUGCAAUCUACGUUUAAAAUUUCUCAUUAGUUUUUAUAUAUACAUAUUAUGAAAGUCAUUAUUUCAUCUGUUUUGCCAUUUUUGCUCACCCACCGUAUUCUUUCUUAUUAAUCGAGAGAAGAAAAAAAAAAUGAAAUAUUUUUUGACAAAUCAUUUGAAUUUUAAUACUUUAUGAUAUAAAAAAUUAGCCACAAAGUGCAUAACAAUCAGCAGACUAUUCUGUGCAACCUUACUAUCAAGCCAAAAGUGCACAAAGACCGUACACAGAGAAAAAGGUUUUUCAUAUAAUUUUUUUCGUAUCCGCACUAGUCACUUUUAUCAAUCUUCAUUAAUGGAAAAUAUCUAGAAAAUUUCAGCGGGAAGGAAAAUUUUUAUUUAAUUUGUAGAAAUUUACUUUUUGUGACUUAAAUAAGUAAAAUGUAACAUUUUUCGGUUAAAGGAUGAAUUUAAAAAAUAUAUCAAUUAUUUUUUUUUGUAUAUUCAGUACCCCAGUUCAUUUAGAUAGGAUCAUCUUAUAGAAUUUUUUUUUAAAAAAAAUGAAUAUCAUUUAUUUUUGAUGAAUAUGAACUAAGAGACAUCAUUUUUUAUACAACUCGCAAUUAUUUUGCGAUAGAAAAACGAAAUGCCUUAAAAAUUG